CUUUAAACAUUUAAUGGGAUCUUUAAAGAAGUGACUUCCCACGAAAUACCCUCCAUCGUUAUAGUUGGUCUGCUGGCUAAAACGUGAAAUUGUAUAACCAGGGUGUGCAGGAACAAAUGUAUAAGUGACCUAGACUUUUCAUUCAAGGAGCCGCCUCCAUGAACAACUUGAAUGACCCCCCCAGAUGGAACAUCCAACCAGACCCCAGAGGAAGGGGGGCGGGGGCCGCUGAUGGCAACCAAUGGAACUACGCUCUGCUGGUCCCGAUGCUGGGACUGGCUGCCUUUCGUUGGAUCUGGACCAGGGAGUCUCAAAGGGAGAUCCACAAGGUUAAAACCCAGUAUGACAAAGACGUGUCCACAAUAAAAAGUGAGAUGGAGGCACGGUACCGGGAGACACUGACAGAGAGGCGCAGGGCAGCGGCUACAUUAGAGCUGGAGCUGGAGAAGGAGAGACAGAGGGUCAAAGGGUACAAGCAGGCCCUGGUCUCACAGAGCCACCAGCUUAUGGAAGAACGGAAACAGUUGCACAAGGAGCGUGAGGUCUUGGAGGAAGAGAAACAAAGGCUGCUGACAUCUGGCGCUGCAGGCGCUGUACUGCAUCGCGCUCUGGAACAAGAGAACAUCUGGUACCAGCGAGCCACCACCACUCUGAAGGAGCUAGAGGGUCAGCUUGUCGAGCGCCAGAACGCCUACUGUUCCCUCAUCCAGCCUCGAGACCAGAGGCUGGAGAUGGAGAAGAACAUGCUGCUUAAGGUUGUCAAAGACCCCAUCGGGACAGAACUGGAUCUAGAGUCUGAUCUGAAGGAUAUUUUUAAGAGAGAUAAGCACUGUGCUGACCUGCUUAACAUGGACAAGAGAAGGAAUGGCAGCCUCAUGUGGGUGUACCUGAAAUACUGGCAGCUGCAGGUCACCGUCCAGAAACACAAGAGAGCUGAAGAAGCCAUAUUAGGAGGGAAAAUCCAGUCUCAAACAAAGUGACAAACCCAAGCCACUGUUUUGUCAUUUGACUUUGAAUAAUGUUUAAAGUAUGUGGAUCAGGAAUGGAAAGUGCAUGUAUUUUUCACAGUGUAAUUAUCUUUACUUGAUAGGGAUGUUAUGGAAACACACAAGAGGUAACCUCAACCAGAUGAUGAUAAACAUCAUAUUUGACAGGUUUUGAGCAUGCUGGAAUACACUGAUACCGUAACUUCCCAAAUUAAGACUCAUUAGCUUUAAAUUAACUGCAUAAAAAAGGGAUAAUGAUAGAAAUGCACUUGGAUCAUUCAAGUGAUAUCCAUAUUGGAUGCACAACUGAUGUUAAAAUACAUAGAGAUAUAUUUUUUCCAUUUAGCCCCUUGGAAAACUUUUGAUUCUCUCAGUGCCAUGAAUUACUGCAAGGUGCAUAUAUUGUAGUCCUUCCAUUAACUGUUCCCAAAGUGAUGUAAUAUCACAUCUAUUUGUUGCUUCAAGUGUCUUGAGAAAAAAAAGACAAUAAAUACUACUAUUUUGAAGAAAAAAAAACAGCUUGGAAUCAUUAACACAUUGGCAACAAUAUAUUUCUAACAUUAUCUUUAAGUGUGUUGACACCAUGCAUUAAUCUGUUGGGCAAUUGUUGGACAUAUUAAUCAUGAUAUCUUUGGGACUUGUUUGUUUUUACUAGUACUUCUGUGCAUAAUAUGAACAAUCCCUCCAUAAAUGAAAUGUGUUGUCAUUUAUAAUACAUGGCCCAAAGCCAGGAGAACAAUGUGUCUCAUUGCUGGUUGAGAUUUUUAGUCUUUAAUGCAGGUUUUAAGGGAACUUUUUAUCUAUCAGGGCGCGACGGGACUCUGAAGGUGCAUGAGAAUCUAAAUAAGUGAAUAGAGCACAAAGUAGUGCUCAGUGCUGCAACACCUUACCACAAUACAGCAACAAAAUAGUCAAACAACACCCUUAAACUUCACACUACAUCCCUGUGACAAAUGAUAAGUAAAGCUGUAGCAUUUCUUUAAAUGAACCAUGCCUAUCUUUGAUGUUAUAUCCUUGUUUGGACCAUAACUUGGUGAUUAGGUGCUGGAUGUGAUGCCAUAAACUCAAAUGUACUGACUCUAACCACUCUGAAAUCCUAAUAAAUUCCUGGUCAAAGAAAUCAA